AUGAAUUUUAUAACCAAACAAGUGGAAAACAAAUUAGGUGUUGAUUUAAAUGGUGAUGGUGCUGUCGGUUCAGGUGGUGGCAAUUCUCAAGGUCAUGGAGGCAUCGGUGGAGGUAUAAUGAAUCAAGUGGAAAAAGCUGCUCAUAUGGAUCUCAACGGAGAUGGUCGUGUUGGUGGCGGUACGGGUCAUGGUCCACAAUAUGGUGGUAGUGGAUAUGGACAGAAUCCUUAUUCUGGUAAUAGUGGAUAUGGACAGAAUCCUUAUCCUGGUGAUAGUGGAUAUGGACAGAAUCCUUAUCCUGGUAAUAGUGGAUAUGGACAGAAUCCUUAUUCUGGUGGUAGUGGUGGUGGUGGCUUAAUGAAUCAAUUAGAAAAUGCUGCUAAUAUGGAUUUAAAUGGUGAUGGUCGUAUUGGCGGUUCAGGUCGUCAUUAA